AUGAUCGAUUUAUGCCUAACGAAUUCCCCAGAUAAGAUAUCAAAGUCAGGUGUUAUUAAUAUUGGUAUAAGUGAUCAAUCUGCUAUUUAUCUUACACUCAAAGUUGCUCAUCUUCGCUCCAAUAUGCAUAAAACUGUUAGCCUGCGUAGCUGGCGGUAUUGUGUAGUAGUCGAGUGAGAUUUGGCGGUGGAGCCGUUGUAAUAUAGUCGAGUGAGAUUUGACGGCGGAGCCGUCACGAGAGGCGAAGCCGCGAGAAAUACCGCCUGCCAGAGAACCAUGAUUUUUCGAAUACCACCUUAGCUGAUCCCAAUUAAAUCAGCCAACCAAAGAGAAACCUGCAAUUUGAAACUUCCGAUUAUUUUCGCGCGAGACAGUUUAGAAAUAAGCGUUGACAGGCUAAACACGACUUCUAAGCUCGUGAUAAUGUGAAACGUGACCUUGUGAGUUUGCUUGAACAGAGGUUUUUUAUUUUCUCGGCUCUCGCGCGAAGGUUACUAGCAGCACUACACAGUGCAUGUGUCAUUCUAAACUUUGACUGAGUAAAUCUUUUUUUGCCACACUAGGCUUAACAUUAAAAGGACAUGAAGCUGGUUUGUUACAUGCAUACUGAGUAACCAUUUCCUGUGGUUUAUUCUUCUGUAGAUGUUCCUGAUAGGAUUUGAUCUCAGAUGCAGUUGUAAAGUGUCUUAAUUUUCUUUGACCUUUGUUUCUUACGGCUAAAUAAAGACAAUUCCAGCGCUGUGAAGUUUAAAGACGCCAUUUCGGCAAUUUGGUCAUCAAUUAUGAUCUUUUUAAAGGGGAAACCACAAUCACUUACGUCUUUUCCAGUUUGCCAUCUGCUCCCUUAAUUGGGAAAUAUAUGUAAAUGAUCAUCUAACACGAUUGACAUAUGUAUGGCCCUCGACCAAUCCGCUUCCCCGCACACUGGUGUGCGGACUAUUCAAAAUACCGGAGUUUUCUGGCAGGCGGUAUUUCAACCGCCUCGUCCCUACUCCCUUUUUUUUUGGAACACGGCUCCGCCGCCAAAACGUUAAUCUUGCACCCACGCAAUACCGCCAGCUACGCAGGCUAAAAACUGUAGAAGUCCGACAGCUCAAGAAUUUCAAUGAAGCUGAAUUUUUGCGAGAUCUUCGCAUGAUUGACUGGAACCGCGUUACAACGCACAAUAACCCAAAUGAAAUGUGGGACUUUUGGAGACACCUGUUAACGAGUGUUAUUGAUAAGCAUGCACCAUUCAGAACAAAAAGGGUGAAAAAAUAA